UUUUUUAUUUUUUUAUCAAGGACGUUCAAAUUUUCAAUGACCCAUCCCUUUUUAUAUUUAGAUAAUAAAUAAAUAUAUAAUUUUUAAAUAAUAAAAUCACAAUCUAAAGUAUGAACACCAUAUACUUCCAAUUUUACCAGAUUAGUUGCAGGGUUGCUAUAAUUCCAACCAGUGGACAUAAUUCACCGGCAAAACUCAUAUUCACACGUUAAUCUCGUUCGGCAGAUCAUCCGAUCAAUCAUAGAAUCCAUAUCUACUAAAAAGUUUUUGUUUUGAAGCUGUGAAAUGGCUUGUGAAGGCGGAAAAGAACCGUUACUGACCGAACAACAUGAGGUUCAGGAGCCCAAACCUCAGGAUGACUGUAUGGUGUCAACCAAAAGCAAAAAACUAAGACGAUGCAGAAGCGCGCCCAUGGUGGAGGAACCCGUUCUUCAAGAAUCCAACCUCAACCAGUUUCUUGAAGCCCCGAAAUCGAUCUUUGAUCAAGUCAAUCCACAUUUUCAAAGGGUAGCCACCUAUUUGUUAAUCUACUUAAGCAUAAGUACAGUUUGCUUUUACCUCGUUCGAAACGAGAUUUCUGGAGAGAAAACGUAUGGCAUUCUGGACUCGAUCUAUUUCUGUAUUGUAACGAUGACGACGGUGGGGUAUGGAGAUCUUAUACCGAAUAGUGCUGCAACAAAACUACUCGCGUGUGCUUUCGUUUUCUCGGGUAUGGUUCUCGUUGGAUUCUUUCUGAGUCGGGCCGCAGACUGUCUGGUCGAAAAUCAAGAAGUGUUACUAAUCAAAGCGAUCCAUCUGCGUCGAGAGGCUAAUUCGAUGGAAACGCUUAAAGAAAUGGAAACAAAUAGAGUGAGAUACCGGUGCAUCAUAUUCUCAAUCUUAAUGGUGGUUCUCAUAGCUUCCGGGACUAUCUUUUUAACCACGGUUGAGCAAAUGGCGCUCGUCGACGCAUUCUAUUGCGUUUGUUCGACUAUCACAACUCUAGGUUACGGAGACAAAAGCUUCUCCACUCCAGCCGGGCGUAUAUUCGCUAUAUUUUGGAUAUUAACAAGCACUAUAUGUUUAGCCCAGUUGUUGUUUGCUUUUGCUGAGCUAUAUACAGAAAACAGACAAAGAUCACUUGUCAAAUGGGUUCUUACAAGAAGAACAACCGCGGCAGACCUCGAAGCAGCUGAUCUUGAUGACGAUGGCGUUGUGGGGGCUGCAGAAUUUUGUAUUUAUAAGCUAAAAGAGAUGGGCAAGAUCAAUCAAGAAGAUAUCUCCCUUAUUAUGGCCCAGUUCAAGAGUCUUGAUUAUGAUGAGUCAGGAACUUUGUCCCCAUCUGACAUUUUUCUUGCUCAAUCAAAAUAGGUAGGCCAGGCUUAUUGAAGGAGUGUAAUAAUGCAUUUCAGAUCUUCUUGUUGUUACAUAUACAUAUAUAUAUAUUUACCUUGUACUAAUAAAUCAUUCAACUCUUUCAUGUCUAACA